GUUUUGUGUUCGCAGCGGCAUUGGAGCCGCAAAGGUGGAAGUCGAGGUAUACAUGGAGACCAGGCUGCUCUGAAGCUUUGAAGCUGCUCUGAAUCCUGAUGGAUACCUUGACCAUACUAGGCAGAUGAAGAUCGCCGUGGAGCCUUGUCCUUAUGUAAGUCUUAUGAAGCAACAACCUUUGGUGUAAAGCUCGUGUGCGCCACUUAGAAAACUUCAGUGCCUGAGGUAUGUGACGAAUGUAGCUGCCAUGGCUCAGGAUGCUGAGGUGCAAUUGAACAACGUUGGCAUAUACCCACGGCCUGAGUGGCUAAGGGCAUGUGUGCAGCACCAGUCACAGCAGAAUCCUCGGUUUAGUAACCUCCCAGCUGAAGAACAAGCUCGAUUAUGCCUCGCUGACUUCCUGGAAAGCGACAUGAACAUGGCCGCCCUUGGACGACUGCCUCCUGACGUGACAAUGCUGCAUAAGGAGGAGUUGAGGGGACGAUACGUCCUACAGGUAGAUGAGGCGGCAGAUGUUGGUUGUGCCCCCCAGAAUCGGUACAAGGAGCAUCCCAGCAGCUGUUUGAAGCUCAGUCUGACAGAUGGCGAGCAGAGGGCCUAUGCCAUAGAGUACCGCAAAGUUCCCCAGCUUUCCCCCAUGAUGCCAGCCGGCAUUAAGAUUGCAGUCAGCAACGUGUUUGUCCGGCAAGGCCUCCUGCUCUUGUGUCCAGAGAAUGUCGUUGUGCUGGGGGGCAAGGUACAGUGCCUGGAGGAGGCCAGACAGCGGGUGAUGGAACGGUGGAACCAGCCUCCGCGAGGCAGGCGGACCCCCCUGAACCAGGGUGCAGUCCCCACAAACUACCGCGAUGCUGCUGCAGCAGCUGCCUGGCCCCCACAGGCCAACCCACCGCCGAAUGAGACAGAAAACGGCCCAGCCCCUGGCAGCCGAGUUCAUCCCACCAAUGGUUGGGCCCCACCCCAGCCUGCCGCAACCUUUCGAGCGGCUGGUGAAUGCUCCCAGCCCGCUCAGCCAAGCCCUCACGUGAUUCCACUCCAGGGUAGAGCGCACUCUUCUAAGCCGUUGCCAAACCAGUGGCAGGAGCCGCCAUUUGCGAGCGACGCAGCGCCCUGGCCAAGAAGUGGGCAGCAAGAAACCGCUCCCGGGAGUCCCGAGCGAGCACGGCGCCCGAAAAGAACGCAGGCGGACCGACCGCCGGACGUUGGCCUGGAUCUCGAUACAGACGACGAGGAGGAGCAGCCGCUGCGGGUGGCGCGCCGCACUGCGUCGAGGCCUAGGGCGCGCGCAUUGUCGGAGGACGAGGACGAAGAGUUGCCAGCCGCCUCACCGGAGCGACCUUUUCGGUUCUCGGCAGAGCCCGUGCGGCCGCCGUUUGUUGAUGAGACUCUGGGCCCAUUGGGUACAAAGCGCCAGUCGGUUCCUAAGCAAAGCACACCAAGGGUCGCGGCUGUGAGAAUGUCUGACGGCGGCCGGCCCAGCUUCGGUGUGGCCUCUACUCCUCCCCCCGCUCGGUCAGCCGAGGUCAUUGAUCUGGCGUCUCCCGAAAUGGACGUGGAGAAUGACGAGGUAGUUGCAGUGGCACCACUUGCUCCUGAGAGCAACUCCUCGCCUUUCUCCUACCUCAAGCACGUCUUGCGACAGAAGGCCGCGCUUCCGCCCGGGGGGUGUUUUGAAGCACGAGUGAAGUGUAUUCUGGUCGGAGUUACUCGCUUCGACUUCAAGAGCGGCAGCUCGUUCGCAACGCGGGUGCACAUUGACGACGGCUCCGCCAUGUGCGAGUGUAUGAUCGCUUCCGAGGCUGUCGAAGAGCUGGUGGGGCACACGGCGCCGGUGGUGAGCGCCGCCCUCUCGAGCAAGGAUGCGGAGGAGAAGGAGGCCAUGCGGGCCAAGAUGAAGCGCGUGCAGCACUUCUUCACCACGUUUGAGGGCACCAUGGAUCUCCAAGUCGACGAAAGAUACCAGUUACCAAACGUAGUAAAGCUACAAUCCGGCAUAUCGGAUGAAGAUGGCUGGAAGCUGCUUCGACGGCUUCAGAAUACCGGCUGAGGUUGGUCGUCUAGAUGGUCAGUGACCAGCUUCUUUUCGAUCCCAGUCAGACUGACAACUUGCUGUAGGCGCUUGAUCAGGACCGUAUCGAAACGUGUUGAACGUAUCAUCAUAUAACCCGCAAUGGAGUAGCGAAUACGUCCAAACUCGAACAUCCCGAUGUCGAGACCGUCCG